CUGGGAAACAGCAUUGCCCUCUUGCAAUGUUUCAUGCCUCACCUUCCUUCCUUCGCGCCAUUACGCCGGCGCUCAAGAGUUGUUUUCCUCAGACCCAACCACAAAACUAUAAAGCGAGAGGCCACGACCCUCUCGAUACUCCAAUCAUGCAGACACAUGGAAGAGCUGAAGCAAGUUCACGCUCAUCUCGUCGCAACCAAUCAAAUCAAACACACACUGACAGCCACAAAAAUGGUGGAAUCCUAUGCGAUCAGGGCGUCUAACAUCGGUUUCGCUUUCCGGGUUUUCAACACCAUAGAUAAUCCCGAUUCCUACGCGUGGACCACCAUGAUUCGAGCCUUUAUUCACGCUAAAAACCCUGACAAAGCCAUCGAGUUCUACGGGUUGAUGAGAGCAAGAGCCGUUGAGUUGAACAGGUUCACGUUUCUGUUCGUGCUCAAGGCUUACGGGUUAAAACCCAGUUACCAGGAAGGCAAGACUCUUCAUGGCAUGAUUCUGAAAUUUGGCCAUGUCGGUGAUCUGUUUAUCCACAAUGCGCUUAUUAAUAUGUACUCGAAAUGCGGAGAUGUUGGAGCUGCAUUCCAAGUGUUCGAUGAAAUGCGUUUUGAUAGUACCGUUGUCCAUAAUACAAUGAUAUUGAGCUAUUUUGCUGCUGGGAACAUCGAAAAUGGGCGCAAGUUAUUUGAUGAAAUGCCCAAGAGAGAGAUUGGGUCAUGGAAUGCUGUCAUUGGUUAUGCGCAGAGCGGGAGAGCCAUGGACGCUUUGAAACUUUUCAAGGAAAUGCAGUUUCUGGGUGUUGAUACAGAUAGUGUAACAAUGACCAGUGUGCUAGCAGCUUGUGCACAGAUUGGAGCAUUAGAUAUGGGAAGGUGGGCUCAUGCUUAUGUGAAUAGGAAACAAUUGACGAGGGAAGAUCUUUUUUUGAGUACUUCUCUUGUUGACAUGUAUGCAAAAUGUGGGUGCAUGGAGACAGCAUUCAAGUUGUUUCGGAGCUUGAAGAGAAGGAAUCUGUGCACCUGGAAUGCUAUGUUAUGCGGGCUUGCCGUUCAUGGCCAGGGAUAUGCCGCAUUGGAGCUGUUCAAAGAAAUGGAACUCUCUGGCGUGAACCCUGAUGAAGUUACCUUUAUUGCUGUUUUAUCUGCUUGUAAUCAUGUGGGUUCGGUUGAUGAAGGGUGGAAGCAGUUCAAGCGGAUGCAGGAAGAGUUCAAGAUUAGUCCGAAAAUUGAGCAUUAUGGUUGUAUUGUAGAUCUUCUAGGUAGAAGAGGGCUGAUUGUGGAAGCAAAAGAGGUAAUCAGAUCCAUGCCAAUGAAGCCGAAUGUGGUUAUAUGGGGAGCUUUGCUGAAUGCUUGCAGGAUUCAUGGAUACACAGACAUUAGUCAGGAUUUGAUGGGUUAUCUCCAGAGUUUAGGUCCGGAAGAUAAUGGUUGUCAGGUACUAUUGUCGAAUAUACUAGCUGCGAAUAAUAAAUGGGGCGAGGUGGAGAAAACAAGGAAGAUGGUGAGAGGAGUGGAGAAGAAGAAGAUACCCGGGUGUAGUUCCAUUGAAGUAGGGAGGGAGGUCCAUGAGUUCUUUGUACAGGACAGAUUAAAUUCUAAUUGGGUCAAGGUGAGUGAGGUUGUAGAAAGGCUUAGCUCUCACUUGGAAAUUGAGGGUUACAUGCCAAAUCUAUCUUUGGCUUUGGGCAUUGACGAUGACUAGCUUACACAACAAACUUGAAAGAAUGAUUUCCUAUAA